GGCGGGAAAAGCCUGCGGCAAGAAGGUGAGGAGUCUGGCUGGCACUGCUGGAGAGCUGACCCGCUCUGGGGCUGUGGAGAGACCGUUCAGCUUUCCCCUGACGUUGCGGAGAGCGCCUAGUCACGUUGUUUAAAAAAAUUGAAGCCAUAACUGAUUCCAGAGCCAAAAUUUUUAUACUGAACAGUAUCCUAUCUUGUUGAAUGCUAUAUUAUAACUACUAUUUCAUGUGUAACCACCAGAAAUGCCUUCGAUCUCAAUUCCUAAGAGUCUGAUGAGGUAAGUAUUCAAUAAUGCUACCUCUGUCCUAAUGCCCAUACUUGCUAGGGCAUUAAAAUGCGUAAACUAGAGAGAGGCUCUGCCCAUAAGCUGCUCACGUCUGGGUCUCCACUAACAUUUAUAGGUGAGGAUAAAGUACAACUAGAAGCCCCUGGCCCAUUCUUCUUUUCACUUCUCAGGGAACCCCUUACCCUGUCCCAUAUACCUCAUAAUCACAUGUGUGGAAAGCCCAGUCCACACAACCAAGCUUCAUACACACACACACACACACACACACACACACACACACACACACACACCAACACACAGGUGCCCUUUGGGCACACAGCUGCCUGUGGGAGCUAUGGAGGCCCUAGAAGUGGGCUCAGAAUCUUUUGGGCAGAGAAUUUUGGAGUCCUGGACACACGGUAUGUGAUUCAAAGUAGGAGAGGGCAUAAGCUCCUUAGUCUCAUGGGCUCCUUGUCUUGUGAAGAGGAACAUUGCUGGAGAAGGCUCAGACUAGGAGCCUCAAAGUAAGGCCCAGGAAAGGACCAGUAUUGCCCAGGUCUAGGUGGGUACUGUUUUUCUGUUCCAUUCCACUCAUCUAUAUCCUAUCUCACCAGCCAUGGGUUGGGCCUGUCUGUGCAAGGAGGGGCUGUAGUUUCAUCUCACAGGCCACAUCUUUACCAGAAUUGAAUUCCUGGGAUCUCAGGUGCCCAGUGGGGCUUGUCUGACUAACUGUGGCAAGACAUAGUUAUAACUAUUGACUGCUGAGAUUUCAGAAUUCUGGACUCUGCUUCCUAUGAAGUUUUCUACCAGAAGUCCUAAAAUGACCUUGCCGACCCCAGACUUUCAAAUACAAGCACCCAUUGCUCCCAGCAUGUACCAUGGCCAGCUCUGUGUAUUCUUACUCUUUCCUAAAUAAAUGCUAAAGCUGAAAGGCUAUGAUUCAGGAUUAAAAUGGGGACUGAGAUGAGACCUCCUCAACGUAGGAUGAUAAUGUGCAUGAUGAAGAUAAGAAUGUUUUAGGGGAGCAUAAUGGAUGGGUCCCUGGCACUUGACUAGGAGGUUGGUCAAGGGAAACAUCUAGGAUCUCUAAGAUGGGACUUGAAAGAUUAUACCUUAGACAGACAAAAGUGAGGAAGAUUAUUAUGGGAGAAAAAAAUGUUAAAUGUAUGUAUACUAUUUUUCAACUUGUAUAUUAUGUCCUCUGAAGGAUGAAAAACUUAUAGACAGAAGAUUUUAUCUGAGGCAGAAUCCCUGAGGAUUGGCCCAUGGGUUACGUCUCAUGCUCUUGAAAGGGAAACUAGAACUCAGAACUUGCUGUGAUACUCAAGUUAGUGGUAGAAUCAAGGGAAUCCAAAGAAUUCUAGAACCAGAGUUCUCUCCAUCUGCUGUACACCCCCUUGAAAAUUUGAGUAUCCAGAACUGCUUUCUCAUUUUUAGCCUCCCAUUCCCAGUUAGAAGUUUGUAUUUACUUUUAUCUGUGGAUUUAGUUUCACUCAUAUUCAUAUCUAUUCUUGUCAGGGGAACAUGGGUAAAAAUUAUUUAACUCAUCAUCAAAUUCCAUUCAUUGAUGACUCUGUUGCUCGCUUCCCAUACCUAGAUUUUCACCUCUUUUGGUCCAAGUGCUUUGGCUUCCUAGGCCUUUGUUCCCUAGUUUCACACUCCACCUAUGUUCCCUAUCCCUAACACUUGAUCUCUCCAAACUUGGAUCUUGCCUGCUUGGACCUAAUAUAACCAUUUUCUCUUUGAAUAUUAGCUCUCCACCAUUCUCUCCAGUCUCUUUUUCUGAAACUUCUAUCAGACAAACAUUGGAGCUUCUUACUCAGCCUCCAUUCCUCUUAAUUUCCUUUUCUUACUUUCCAACGACAUUUUCUAGCUCUCUGUGCUUUGCUCUGGACAUUUUCUCCCAUUCUUUUUUAUAGGUGCUGUUUAUUUUUUGUUUCUUUAAACAUCUUUGAAUAAGGUGAGUUUUUCCAAAAUCAGCUAUUUAUAUGAAAUUUGCAAGAGGUUGGGGACAGGGCCAUAUUUGAGGCUAUUUUCUUUAUGAAACAAUGUGUGUAUGAGUUUGUAUAGCCCUCACUUUCCCCCACCAUCAGCACUGCAGAGUUGCUUACAGUCUGUCCCCUCCACUCUUCCUCACCAACAGACUGCUUUCCAUAAAUAUGGCUUAUUUGUCCUUGUUCAAUUUCACCUUCCUAUAUUUCCAGUUUUGGUGACAAAAGGGUAUUUAAAAGCUCCUGCUUUAGCCUGCUUGCCUGUUCUCAUUGUUCCCUACAAGUGCUUGUGGAUCUUGGCACUUCCUUUGGAGAGCUGUAUCACUCUUGUUUUGUACAAAAUCUACAUUCGUAAGCAUCCAUUAUCACAUGCUUGGUAACAAAGUCAGUGAACAGCCACAAGCCAAAUUGCCUCUGAAAAAGGAAGCAAAAACUUUGGCUCCUGGAAAAGUUAUUGCUAAAAAAAAUAUCAACUUCAAAGCACCUGAGCCUGUGUCUGUACCUGUGCCCCAACUAGAGCCAGAACAUGAGCCUGUUAAAGAAGAAAAACUUUCUCCGGAGCCUAUUUUGGUUGAUACUCCAUCUCCAAGCCCAGUGGAAAUGUCUGGAUGUGCUCCUGCAGAAGAAUAUCUGUGUCAGUCUCUCUCUGAUGUAAUUCUUACAGUGAAUGAUGUGGAUGCAGAAAAUGGAGCUGAUCCAAACCUUUGUAGUGAAUAUGUGAAAGAUAUUUAUGCUUAUCUGAGACAACUUGAGGAAGAGCAAGCAGUAAGACCAAAAUACCUACUGGGUCGUGAAGUCACUGGAAAUAUGAGAGCCAUCCUAAUUGACUGGCUAGUGCAGGUUCAAAUGAAAUUCAGGUUACUGCAGGAGACCAUGUACAUGACUGUUUCCCUUAUUGAUCGGCUCAUGCAGAAUAAUUGUGUACCCAAGAAGAUGAUGUAGCUGGUUGGUGUCACUGCCAUGUUUAUUGCAAGUAAAUACGAAGAAAUGUACCCUCCAGAAAUUGGUAACUUUGCCUUUGUGACUGACGACUCUUACACCAAGCACCAAAUCAGACAGAUGGAAAUGAAGAUUCUAAGAUCUUUACAUUUUGGUCUGGGCCGCCCUCUACCCCUGCAUUUCCUUUGGAGAGCAUCUAAGAUUGGAGAGGUUGGUGUUGAGCAACAUACUUUGGCCAAAUACCUGAUGGAACUAACUAUGCUGGAUUACGAUAUGGUACACUUUCCUCCUUCUCAGAUUGCAGCAGGAACUUUUUGCCUGGCACUAAAAAUUCUCGACAAUGGUGAAUGGACACCAACUUUACAGCAUUACCUGUCAUACACUGAAGAAUCCCUUCUAAAUAUUAUGCAACACCUGGCUAAGAAUAUAGUCAUGGUGAAUCGUGGGCUUACAAAGCACAUGACUAUCAAGAACAAGUAUGCCACAUCUAAGCAUGCUAAGAUCAGCACUCUAGCACAACUAAAUUCUGCACUAGUUCAAGAUUUAGCCAAGGGCGUGACAAAGGUUUAACUUGUAAACCUGAGCUGGAGUACUAUAAUAACUACAAAUAAAAUUGGCACCAUGUGCCAUCUGUA